GGACCGGCCGCCCCCGCCGCGGCCGCGCUCUACGUCCACUGGCCCUACUGCCGCAAGCGCUGCUCCUACUGCAACUUCAACAAGUACGUGGUGCCGGCGGUGGACGAGGCGGCCGUGCGGGCCUGCCUGGUGCGGGAGGCGCGCACGCUGCUGCGCCUCGGCCGGGUGCAGAGCAACCUCUCGUACUGGCGGGCCGAGCAGUACAUCGGCGUGGGGCCGGGGGCGCACGGGCGGUUUGUGCCGUGGGGCGAGGGCGGCUGCAGGCGGGAGGCCCGUGUCCAGACGCUGGAGCCCGACGCCUGGAUGCGGGAGGUGCAGAGGCAGGGGCACGGGACCAGGAGGCGGGUGGUGCUGAGCCCGCUGGAGCAGCUGGAGGAGGUGCUCGCCCUGGGACUGCGCACGGACGAGGGCGUCACACGGGAGCGCUGGGGACGCUUCUCCCCCAAUCUCAGCCUGGAGGCCGUGUUUGGGGCGCCGGGGGAGGCGAGGGCCCUGCAGGAGCAGGGCUGGCUGGUGCUGGACGGCGGUGGCCUGCGGUGCACCCGGGAAGGCCUGGGCCUGCUGGACAAGAAGGAAAAGGCACACGAACUGUCCUCGUCAACGAUUGCAGAAGAGCCUGAGCCCAUUUCGUGUGUUCUGCAAGGAGAUGACGUCCAGGCGCUUGCGAUUAAGGUGGAGGACCUGGAGAAACUCCACGCUCCACGCCUUCCCCACGAUGCUGGGAGAAUUCCAGUUAGGAGGAAAUACCUCGUUCGAAAAUAUCAACCCAAAGAGACAAAGAAGGCGGCACGUUUCCUUGUAGCGUAUCCUGCGUUCCCAAAGGCACCCAGGGAACCACUGAGUUUUUCUGGACCAGGACUGUUUGAUGGCUGUGAAGAAAUUCUCCCCCAUCACAUUUUGGGAAGUCUCCAGGAGUUCAAGAUGGAAGCCUUGGCCAGAGGAAACACUCAGAGUGAUCAGAUCACAGCUUUUUCUCGACAAGAUGUUACUGCGGCAGCUUUAAACGGGGAACGUGAAGGAGAGAAGAAAAAUGUUCAUCAGACCCCAGUAGCAGAGCACAAAGCUCUCCAAAACUGGCACCGUAACAUGGCAAUCAGGAAAAAGCAGGAGAAAUAUCUAGGAGAAAUUCUUCAGAGGCCAGAGAAUGAAUUGCUGAUGAGCAUCUCGGAGGAUUACAGGCAAAUCCAGGAAGAACGUGACCUCAUUGACCGGAGUCUCCCUGCCCUGCUCCCUGGAAAGGGCUACCGAAGAGGAAGCGAGUUCUGGAGCCAGCCCGAGCGUAUUGGAGAUGAACUCACCGGCCUGACGAUGACACUGACUCAGCGAGAAUGUGGCUACCCAGAGCCGGUCACUCAUGUGGGGAAACCCCACGCUGUCCGGGUGGAAAUGGGUCUGAAGCCUCCAAAGAGGAUCCCUUUCCGUCUGACCUGGGAUAAGAGUCUUUUCCUGAAACAUCGACGACAGGAACUGAAAUCUGUCCUAGAGGAGCUAGAUUUUUAUAAGCCGGAUCUGGAUGGACUGGAGGUGAUUGGUAAAGGGCAGCCUUUCACAUCUGUCUCAACAGAGCCUUUUCCACGUUCCACCACUUCUGAAGAGUCUGAAACCCUCAGUGACUCCUUACAGGAUGACCCCGAUGUGCUUUCGGAAGCAGUACUGGGUCCGUCUUUAGAUUUCUGUGGCCAGCCUGCUCGCUGGAUCAACUGCAUCACUUCUUGCAGGAAUGAAGUUGGCAUUGCUGCCCGGCUCACCUUUGAGACCUUGGCUGGUGAGAAAGCUGAAAGCUCCCUGAGGGUGAGCAAUGAUGGCACAGCUGCCAUCUGGUAUGACUGGAUGAGGCUUCCCCAGCAGAUUCCCUCCAGAGAAACCCAGGGGAAGAGGACGCCGUGUUUUUACUUUGAUACCAGACCAGGUGUAAUUUUGCCUGGAGAAACUAGGAAGUUUUUCUUUCUUUUCAAGUCAGAGAGAGCAGGCAUUUUCAGCGAGUCCUGGGAAUUUAGGACACAUCCUCUGUUAUUAGCAGGAGCUCUGCUGCAGGUGACCCUUUGGGGAAUUGCUGUCUACGAGGAUAAAUUGGCUGACCUCAGAGAGAAACUGGAGAGCGACCUGGCUGCUCGAGAAGGUGCUACUAUAGUAGAAGAAAGUCUGAAGGAACUUCUUGCCCGAAUUCGCACCCCAGAGCGCACCCCGUCUCCUGUGGGUGCCUGUGUCACAGAGGAAGAGUUGUUCCACCGGCAGAAUCCCGAGUUGCAUUAUCAGCAUCGAGUGGUAAAGCAGCUGCAUGAACUAUGGAGACAGCACAUGACUGUUCCUUCAGCCUUUGAGGAGAAAGCGCCCUUGGGCCAGAAGAGCGCUGCGGAGGACACGCAGUACCAGGAGAGCACCUCGGAGGCUCUCGCCGCUCAGAGCGGCACCGCAGAGGUCCCAGGCUGGAAGAACACGCUGGAGGAGGCUCCGAGUCAAAUGACGAACGUGGAGGAGGAAGAACCAGGCCCCUCGGGAUGGAACCUUUCCUUCGAGGACUUUAAGCAGGCUAUAAAGUCAAUCCCCGAGGAGGAGCAGCGAGAAGCAGCACUGACCCAGCUCAAUAAGGCAGCGCUGGAGCUGUGUGUUGAACAGAGGCCAACUCAAUCAGACCUUUUGUAUCAAACCUGUCUCCAGCUGUGGCGUGAAACAGUUGAUGGUCUGGCGAGUCACUCUCUGAAGCUGAGAUCCCAGCUUGGCUUGCCCGAGAAGGACACCUGUGUAGAUGUUGUUCCAGAGGAAACAGUGGAAGUAAAGCAACCUAUAAAAGGAGAAAAGGAAGACAGAAUAACUAGUAGGAAAGAAGAGAGAAAGUCAUUUGGUGGUAAGGAUAAAGAAGGCAAAAAAAGAACAGCAAAGACAGCAGGGAAAGAGAAAGAGGAACGUCCAAGCAGCAGAAAGCUAGAAGUAAAAGAUGAGAAAAAGCUGAAAUCUUACACUUCAUUGCAGGAGGGGAAAGAGGGAGCCCAGCCCGUGGAAGCUGUAGCUGCAGAUAGAGUAGAACCUCCUCAGGAGCAGGUGGACCCUAUUUUGUUUGGGAUAUACCAAGAAAAACUUUAUAUUGAAGUUUAUGGGCUGCUGGAUUCAAUGGUGAGCAAAAUGGUUUCUUUAUUUGAGGAACUGAAGAAAAAAGGUGCCCUAAAGUGGGAGAGUGAAGCCCUUUGUAACUAG